GACAAACAAAAUAAUCGACUAUCAGGAACUUUUGUCUGCACGAGCCGCCGGUACGCCGUACAUAAUCUCAACUUUAUAACGUGUCAAAAAAUAAUAAUCCGCUUCGCUAAGUAACUGGGAGAUGACACUCUUAAUGACAGUUAAAGACUCCGAAUGCAUCUUUAACAGCACAAUCGAAGUUGAAACCGGGUCAGUUUUCUUUUUUUUGGGGUGGGGAAAAAGACCCUGGUUGUAAAACAGGAAAGCUAUAAAAAUGAGUUAAUAAGUGAUUAGUGAAUUAUUCUCUGAAUCGGAGAAUACUAGUUAGGUUUUGUUUUUCUCUCUCUCUGGUCCUGUUUAGUCUGGAAGAAUGCAUUGUGUCGUUGUUUACACGGCCCUGAAAGCUGAUGUUAAUUAGAUGCGGAACUUUGCGCGUUUUAAUACUUUAAAUCUAAAAGAUGCGGUGUUUCUGUUGAUUUUUUUAAAAUUUCACCCCCCACCCCUCCUCGCCAACCCCCUCCCUCAGUCUCUGUUUGGGACUGUUCCCAUCACAUGUGCCUCUCUCUCUCUCUCUCUCUCUCUCUCUCUCUCUCUCUCUCUCUCUCUCUCUCUCUCUCUCUCUCUCUCUCUCUCUCUGCGAGCGUCUCUGAUUCAUGGAAAGUCCCUCAUGGGUGCUAUUUUACUAUCAAACGGUAUCGCCAUUGGUCAGUCCAUGAUCAGAUGGUUAUAUUUCCUCCUGUCCUUCCUGGCACUUGGCCAUCCCGAAUCAAAGACAUCUCGCUAAUAGCACAGACACUUGGACUAAUUCACAACAAAUCAUAACAUUGCUAAGCCCACAAAUGAGUUCGUAUUUUGUGAAUUCCACUUUCCCUGUGACUCUUGGCAAUGGUCAGGAGUCCUUCCUCGGGCAGAUCCCGUUAUACUCCUCCGGCUACGACCCUUUAAGACACUAUCCAGCCACCUAUGGGUCUACGGGCAUCCAGGAUAAAAACUGCCCAUCUUCCUCUUACUAUCAACAAGCCAACGGGACUUAUGGGUACAAUCGGACGCCCUGCGAUUACGGUGUCCCCAGUUUCUACCGGGAGAAGGACCCAUCCUCCUGCGGGUCUUCGGCCACCAGCUCCAAAUACCACUCACUGGAAGACCCCGCGCAUUUUAACCCCGAGCAACGCAAAUCCGAGUGCGCCCAGAACAGAAUUUUAUACGGAGAAUUGGAGGACCAGAAGAGUUCGCUACCCGUCUACCCCUGGAUGCAAAGAAUGAAUUCCAGCGGUGCCUCGGCGUUUAACCCGAACGGGCGGCGCGGGCGGCAGACCUACACCAGAUAUCAGACACUGGAGCUGGAGAAGGAGUUUCAUUUUAACCGCUACUUGACCAGGAGACGCCGGAUAGAGAUUGCACACGCCCUUUGCCUCACGGAGCGCCAGAUCAAAAUCUGGUUCCAAAACAGGCGCAUGAAGUGGAAAAAAGAGAACAAAUUACUGACCAACCCGCAAUUAAGCGGAGAAGAGACAGAAGAGAAAUCUGCUGAGUGAAAAUCGCACAGACACACAGACACACACACACACACACACACACACACACACACACACACACACACACACACA